GAAAGACCUUUGUUAUUCAUGCAGUCUAAAGUGGACCGAUAACGCCUGUCGAGGUGGGGAGCGUAUCCUCGGUCUGAACUGCAGCGAUCGCCAGUACCUCGGCAAUCUGACAGUCUCCAGAAUCCAGAUUAAUUCAAGUAGUUCAGAUCCUUUCUGAACCCAAGAAUUCUAGGCCAUUCGGCUUUCAGUGUCAGCUUAAAUUCAAGCAGCUCUCCCACUUCCUGCCAUUACUGCUAUCAGCCCUGUUGUUAUCUCAAGAUGGCAGAGACCAAACGCCCGGUGGGCCUAUUGUUCGAUAUUGGAGGAGUGUGUGUUGUAUCGCCAUUCCAAGCCAUCCUAGACUACGAGAUCGCCCAGAAUAUCCCACCAGGAUGGGUCAAUUUCAGCAUCUCACGAACAAAGCCGAACGGUAGCUGGCAUAAGCUGGAGCGGGGCGAUAUCAAGAUGGAUGCGGACUUCUUCGCAGGCUUCAAUACAGACCUACGAAACCCUGAUCUAUGGAGACAAUUCCACCAACAACUUCAAACGAAACAAGGCACCAGUUCGACCACCAUCCCUCCCCUGCCAACGGUGGAUGCCGAAUGGCUCUUCUGGGAGAUGAUGCGGAUAUCGCGCACUCCAGACCGAUAUAUGUAUCCGGCUCUGAAGAAACUCAGAGAGUCUGGUCAAUUCUUGAUGGGGGCUCUAUCCAACACUGUUAUAUUCCCCGAUGGACACGAAUACAAUAACGAUGUGUCCGGGGUCAAGUCGCAAUUCGACUUUUUCAUUUCCUCCGCACAUUCAGGCCUUCGCAAACCUGAUCCGAAGAUCUAUCAGGUGGCGUUACAGGAAAUGGAUACUCUAGCUAAGAAGCGGGGACUGCCGGGGACUAACCCCAACGAUAUCGUCUUUUUUGACGACAUCGGGGAGAAUCUGAAGGGAGCAAAGAAGGCCGGCAUGCGUACGGUCAAGGUCACUCUUGGAAAAUCUCAAGAUGCAGUCAAGGAACUGGAGAAGCUCACCGGUCUUCAAUUGCUGGAGGACCAGGCACGGCUGUGAUGUAAAGGGGAUUUUUGUGUUGAAAAUUCCUAGAUAAUUAUCGAAACUAGAAACAGUACCCAAAUAACUCUCAAUAAUGGGUAUUAUUAUUGUUUCUGAUUUCC